AAAUACUAUUGAUGCCAUUGAAGUAAAUAAAUCGACUAAGUUUUCUUUACAUCUUUGCGCAUUAUAUGCGCAUACGUGAAGUUUCUCUGAUAAAUAAUUUUCGUCUUAAAAACUACUCCCAGUGGGCACGUAGGUUAUUGUUUGUUAAAUUAUGACACGACGGCUUGAAAAUUGCAGAGCGCGUGAAUCAUUCGUGAAAUUCCGUGCCGUUCGUAGUCAUAAAUUUGAGGUUCAGGUAAAGUGAUAUGUCGACUGUCUCGGGUGAGCCCGAGGGUCAUAAUCCCAUUGUUAUCCAGGGCUAUUUUCCCGACUAAACGAGUGCCCAAAGCCAAGAGUACCGCUAGAUCGUCUGUUGUUCAGAUAAAAAUUUAUUAGUGCCUUUCCACGCUUGUGUAUGCAGCGGAAAAUGUAUAAUCUUAUAUAUCUUUGCGUGCCUUUGUUAGUGCAUAAAAUCCGCUAAGUAGCCGGGGAUUAUAUUUCCACUACCUUUUGGAUUUUUGGGGCAUUUAUUACUAUCGGGAUUUGUACCGUUUCAAAAAUCUAUUGAGUGCUGUUACCAUAUAAACCAGGAUCCGGAAAUACGACUUUUGGAGCUAAAGAAAAGUGACAAAAGAUGAGUUGAUGGCCCGAUUAUCAAUCGCGAGACUUUCCUAAGCAAAUGUUUUGAACACUGAAUUAUUUAUCCGACGAACGUCGUUGAUUUUAUUAGUAGUAUACAUAAAUACUGAAACAUCAGAAUGACGAUACUUUUUCCUCUUAACUUUGGAUAAUAAACUAUUGAGUCAUGCGAAUUAUAAAGAUUUCUCUGAAAUGUCUAUGGAACAGUACAAGCAUUCGCGUGAAAUUUACUGGUCGAGCCAGCAAGCUUGACAUUGGGUACGAACUAAGAAUUCCUUAGUUAUUAAAGGAUCCUUGGCAUGGACAAAAGUUGGGUCCGCAACCGGUCAUAAAAUCUUCCGUACUUCACGUGCAGUUGUGCUGAUGUACCUGUGAAAUGCGCAUCCGUUCGCGACCAAUGUUCCACGGGUCUAGCCGGUCAGGAUAGCCAGUCAGUAUAGCCGGCAUUAUUAGGAAUAGAUCAGCGCGGAAUUCGCGGAGGGCUCAACCAGAGAUGAGGAAGGAGAUUCCGUUUUACCCGAGCCGAUUUUUAACUUUCAUAAAAUACCGCUUCUAACGCAAAAUGUGAAUCUUUAAGGCAUCCAGCUUUUACGUUCCUAUUUUUCUCUAUACCCGCAAUUCUCAUUUCGGCGAUGUUUUUAAGAAUUUGAAAAACAAAAUUCAACGUCAUAUUCAGAAAUGCGUGGUAUUAAGAAAACCAUGUAAAAGCUGGGUAUGUCCAUCUGCGGAACGAUUGGCCAGAAGUGCGGAUUAGGUCCCCUGCUAGUUGGGACCAAGUGUAUAAAGGCUCGACUACCUGGAUGAUUUAUUGGGUAUAUCCAUCAAAAUUGAGCACGUGCGCAAAAAUUGAGCGGCGGCGUAGCCUUAAGUAACUACCUGUUUACAGCUCUUAAUAUUUCGCUUCUAACGGAACUGAACGUCGAAAUUCGUCACGUAGCGAUACGUGCAAAGUACAAAAUAUGAAAGAAUUUGUUUUAAAUUGAUACGAACAAGAGAUGAAAUUAGAAUUAAUCACACGAGUGUUGCUGUAUUAUAACUUUCCAAUAAUCACAUGUGGAAACUACGUUUGUAAAAUGGAUUUUGCUCUACUUUACAUGUAAUGCAUCUCUUCGGCAUUCUGAAUGUUUAACGCUACUUUUAUAAGGAACGUAUAUUCAAACAAGGAUCAACAAGCGGCUCAUUCGCGGCUGGAGAAAGACUGUAUUAUAGUAUUUGGUGUUUCCUGACGGUUUUUCGGCUCGCUUUCUAUUUCUAUAUGACUAAGAUUAUUGCAGACCCUCUGAUUCAUACCGUACCCCGUUAUGUGUAUCAAUGUUUUACUUAUAUUUCGACGAUAUCUAGCAUUUCCAAUUCGCCGCCUUUCAAAUUUCAACCCCCUGAAAACGUCGGCGCGUACGAACAUCGUAGAUGGGAAUUCAACUUAAGGCAUAAGAUCUCUCGAUAAUUUUUAAGUGCUAAAAAUCAUGUAUAAAUCUCUGCUCGUUUUUUGCUUGGAUACACAUGACGUCAUCGGGAAUUGAGAAACGCUGUAGGAAAAUCAGGGUCGUUUUCGUUUGCUUUAGAGUAGGUAUCCAGGUAGUCACAUGGACGUAGGAACCCAGGAUGGAAAUAAGAGGGGAUUGUUAUGGUGGAGGCGCAGCGUAUCGUUCGCAGGGUGAAGACAAAGAAGCCGUUGGAGGAACGAAGAAGGGGUAGCCGUUGUCAUGGGGAUGGUUGUCCGUGGUAUAGUGCGUGCCUGUACCGCUGGUAUAAAAUAGCCCCACCAACUCGAGCGCCUUGACAGGCGUUCUUACCCUUGAUUCGGUUACUUCAGUUUAGUCUGUCGGACCCCUCAGUUUUUCUGCUGUGAUGAAUCGUCGUUCGCUUUGAGUUUUUCAUUUUAAACAGUUUUUGUUCGAAGUGCUUUUCUAGUAUCAAAGAUAUCGUUUUGUGAAUUACAACGUUACGUGAAUUACACUGUGGAAUUCAAAUGGAUCCUUAUUCAAAUUUCCCGUCGGAUUCGGGAACAAGUAUGGAUGAGAGUACAAACUCCGAGAACAUUUGGUGCCGAACGAAAGCCGACGAGCAAAAUAGUUUGUAUGCAGAAUCUAUAACAUCGUCGAUGGAAGGAAAUUCUACUUCACUGGCAGAUAUAUUUGAUACAGCAUUUACAUCUACAGUUGACCCUACGCCUCAACCGAGAUUUAAUUCAGGAAACGAGAUGGAAUUUGAUCAGUUAUUCGCUGAGAGCGAUGUAGAAGAUUCGGAUGUAGUCCCUAUCAAUCCUUAUGUAAACCCUCAUCCCCCUCCAGAUGUUACGUAUGGAACUCCACAUGAGUUUUAUACAACGGGACGACUUUUACAUAGCCAUGAGCCUCCAUUGAGACACAAAAGGAGGAUAUGUGGAGAACACAUAUCACUGAAUGAUAGACAAUCCGAUAAUUUGGGUAUAGCUGGACCAUCUAGAUUGCCAGAUGCCAUUUAUAAUAGUGCAAAUAGAUUGAUAACCAACAUACAGACCAUAGAAGAUGGGAGUGUCAAUGAUCCGAAUACUUUGUACCAUUCGGUUUUGCCAAAUACGAUGAAUUCGCAGCAGCAUCCAGCUCACGCAAUAUCAAAAAGUGACGAUACACCAUCUGCACCUGACUUGCAACUGGAUUGGUGCUCGAGCAGCGAUGAUGCGACUAAAAGUGAUGACGAGGAUGGUUCGGUUGAAGUUCUUGGAACAGUAAGUCAUAAGAAUCGUAUGGAAAAUGACGAAGAACAUAAUCCUACAGUCACAAUCGAUUUGACUUUGGAGUCUGACGAGGAACAUACUCCACCGACUCCGGCAGGUGCUACUUCGGUGAUCAGACCUUGCCCUUGGACAGCGUUGCAUAGCAUGAAUAACAAUUAUUGUCCACCGUACUGUAUGCAUCACAACUUCAGAAUUCCAGUUCCUGUCGUACCUGUAGGAUACAAUCAAGUAGCAGAUGUUCCUGCAGGAAUGACAAGACCGCGUAUGCAUCCGAUGCAGGAAAGGCUGUGGACAUUGCAGCAACGUGUACAAGAGGCGCGAAGGAGGCACCUUUAUACAAGAAUGCCGCCUCAUCAUGGCAGUGGAGCACCGUGCGCCCCGCAUCCGCACCCGCACCCGCACCCGCACCCGCACCCGCACCCGCACCCACAUCCACAUCCACACCCACACCCACACCGACGCUCACAUCCGCACUCGCAUCCGCAUCCACAUUCGCAUCCGCAUCCACACUCGCAACCGCAUCCACACUCGCAUCCACACUCGCAGCCGCAGCCGCAGCCGCAGCCACAGCCGCAACCUCAACCGCAAACGCAACCGCAACCGCAACCGCAUUUGCAACCGCAACCGCAUCCGCAAGCGCUUCCACAGGUGCAUCCACUACCGCAACCGCCUCCGCAACCGCUUCCACAGGUGCAUCCACUACCGCACCUGGACCCGCACUCACAGCCGCACCCUGCGAAUCAACAAAUGUGCAACAACGGGAAUGCAACUCCUCCGAGUAAUCAUUGCUAUGGUUCUGAAAGCAUAGACAAUUAUCUUAUGCCGCUUUCAAUGCCGAUCUUGCCACCGCCGCAGCAGCCUACGGUCUACAGCCACCCGGAAACUGCUGGUCCACGAAACUUCAGUCCGCCGUGUCCUACUUACAUGAAUCAGCCUACCAUGAUGGAAAAUCCUAUGGCCAAUGUUGGGGAGGUUGAGCCAACGCCGCCAGUUACGUUGCCUUCGAUGCCGGUGCAUCCUUAUAUGAAUCAUACGUAUCAUCACUACGAUUUCGCCGAAAAUACGUUUUCGCCUAUGACGCAUGCACAUCACAUCCAUAUCAAUUUGCUGCAGCAUCUUCACUUGCAGGAGCCAAUCCUUAAUACUGACAUCGCGGACGAUGCGUUGCCAUACCCACAGUUAGUGCAUCAGGUGCGCCAUUUAUCGCGGUUUGAACAUUACAUACACUUCGUGGAUCAACGACGCAUGGCUCAUGUUAGUUCCGGGGCCACACAAGAAUCGAUUGAAAGCCACACAUUCCGUCACAAGUACAAGAGGAGGAAGAAGGUCGAAAAUUCUGAUGACGACAUUGAGAAGUGUACCAUAUGUUUAUCCGAGUUCGAAGACUGUGAGAGUGUUAGGAGGCUUCCAUGUAUGCAUUUAUUCCACAUAGACUGCGUCGAUCAGUGGCUAGGCACCAACAAGCGAUGUCCCAUAUGUCGAGUGGACAUCGAAACACUUCUACUCAAGGAGAUUGCCAGCUGUGGAUAGUUCAAGGUCGACUUUAUCUAUUAUCUAAUUUCGUUUCUUUAAGUAUAAUACCGGAUAAUACCUAUGUUUAUAUACUUGAGAAAAGAUUCUAUCGACGAGUAAAUCCUAAUCUCUGACAGUGCUAUGAAUCUUGGUGUAAAAACAAAUUCUCUGUGAAUAAUCAAAAUAAUCGAUAAUGGAAUAGAACUAAGUUCCUGAAGUGGUAGAGGAGAUUUUUCAUUUAAUAUUAACAUCGUUGCAUUGAUGGCUAUUAAUAAUAGUGUACAUAAGAGUGUUAGGUUUGUCUAUUACGUGUUAUUAUAUUAAUAAUAAAACAUAUUUUGUCCGGUAACUUACCGCGGACGACAACAAAUUGUUGUUAAAUUCUAUCGAGCAUUCGAGCAAUGCUAUCUUUCCAUGUAAGCUUUCGUUCUCUAUUACGUAUUCCGAGAAGUAACUAUCUGAUUAGAUAAUUAUCAGCAUCUUUUUUCUCAAUAAUCGACGAUUUCGGUUUACUUUUGCCUAAGUAAACGGCAAGGAAAUUCAAAUUAGUUAAUCAUCGUACAUAUAUUACUUUUGCGUUGUAGAAAUUCCCUAUUGAUUUUUAUAUUUGCGUGUAGUUUACACGCUGAAAUUUGCGGAUUGCAGCAUUUCUUUUUAUAACCAAUCAAAUGGAUUUUUCGAGGCUACUUAAAGCCUCGGUCAAUUGUAAGAUUUUAAUGAAUUAUCCACGUAUAAUUUUUUUUUCUUUUUUUGAAUAAUAUAAUCAAAUAAUUUGAAAACAUUUUAAUCGUUUGUUUACUAAUGCAGUAAGUUUUAGUAUUAAAGUAAUGAAAUUUUGUAAGUAGGCUAAAAGCGUUCGUGAAAAGUUAACUCAAGUUGGAGAAAUAAAAGGUCGUAAUUAAAAAAGAAAAAGAAGGUAUAUAAUAUUAUAUAUAGAUGCAAUGUAGGAAAUUUCUAAAGAAAGAUACUAUACGAUUAUUAACUAAACAGGACGCGUACAACUAAUACUGUGUGAUAUUACUGUAUAUUGUUAUUGUACAUAUGAUUAAUAUAUAUUGCAUGCAUACUACAUUAUGUAUUUAUGCAGUAACAUCACACGGGAUGCUUCUGGCGCAUUAAUAGCGUACAGUGGAAUUUUUAUAACUCCGAAAAGCAUACUCGACCACCGAUUAAAUUCAUUGCACUCGCGGUACAACUAUUUUCACGUUGUAUUUCAAGGGAGAAGAAACUAAGCAUACUGUUUCCACUUGUUUUUAUACAAACUAACAAUAGAUGCCUUUUCGAUGCAAAGAAGAGCGGCUUUCAUUUUUAUACUGGUAGAAAGUCGAUAAUUUACAGCUCGUUAUUAGCAGUAAUUAUCGUGUUCGACGUGACGAUUUUCGAGAUUUCAAGGGGGAGAGGAAAGUUGAAAUUAAUUUAAAAACGAGAGGGAGAGUUAUGCGAAUUUCUUUUGCCUAAUUAGCGAAUCUAAACCAAACGCAACGAGUUAACUACAUUGAUUAUUCUAAAGUGCGUCUAUCAGGAAAUCGCUAUACUGACCUUUACAUCUGUAUAGAUUUUAUUUGAAAAAAAAAAAAGAUUGAGAGAUAUGAAUACUUAUCUCGCAAUAUCGACGAUCUGAAUCCUAACGUGUUUUCAUUAUAAUUUGAUUAAUUGUUAGAAAAUUGUUGCACUGCCAUUAUCGACAAUGAUUCAAUGUAAUUAUUAGUAGGUUUUUCGAUGAUCUUUUCUAUCGUAUUUGCUGCUCUAGCAUCUGAUCGCGAGCGAAUAUUUCUAAAACAUGUAUUUUGCGUUACAUACGUACGUAUGCGGGUGCUAUGUAUUCGAAUUCGUUCAUCGUAGCGUCACGCAAGAGAUAUAUAGGCGUUCGGAUAUUUUCUGAAAAGAACAAUUGUAUCGAUAUGUACAUAAUAAAUCGGCGUUACAAUGAUUUUGAGUAUACGUAUAUCAUAAACGAGGAUGAACAAAAUUAGACGUGUUUGCGCCACGUUGACGGACUGGUUUCAAGGGGCACGUGCCUCUCACUGAAAUUUAAUGCGAUUAUUGAACGCUUGUACAAUCAGGAGUAAUUUUAUAACCGAUGAGAACGUCGACGAACACGUUAUUGACGAUGUUUAAUGAAAAUUGUAACUUCUGUCCAUCAAUAAAGGAAGCAUAAAGAAA